GUUGAAGUGUACACAAUUUGUAUAUAUUUUUACAUAAUUAAAUGUUUUCAUCUCAGUUCCAUUUCUUUCGUCUGCGUUAAUAGUAUAGCAUUAACGUAAAGACGUUAGGAACGUGAUCAAUGUGACGGGUAGGUAAUUGUGAUCAGCUUAACUUUGCAAAGAAGAAGAAGAAGACUAAAUGGAAAUACAAUAAAAACAUACAAAUGUCAAUUGAAUUUUACAUUGGUUGUGAGCGAAAAAACGACGAAAAAAUUGAAUAAGUUAUUUAUAAAUCAAUUGUAAAGUGAUCUUUUGGAACGGCACUAAAGAAAAACAAACAUGGGAUCCGAAGAUACAGAGAUAAGUUCUGGAGAUAAAAUCCAAAAAGGUUUCCAAAUAAAUUAUAUGAUUCUUCGUGACGCGGAUUCUGGAAAAGUAAUAUGGCAAGAGAACAAGGACUUCUCUUCACCAGAUAUAGAACAUGAAGCGCGCGUACCUAUCAAAAUAUUGGAUUUAAGAGCUGUGUCCCGUGAAAUCAACUUCAGCACCAUUGAAUCAAUGGAAAAUUUUCGUCUCGAUCAAAAGGUGCUCUUUAAAGGACGCAUAAUGGAAGAAUGGUUUUUCGAAAUGGGUUGGGUAGGUGCAAAUACUACAAAUACUUGGCAAUCGACAAUCGAAGCUGCACCUGAGUCCCAGAUGAUGCCAGCCAAAGUCUUAAAUGGUAAUGUCACAAUUCAAACAAGUUUCUAUGACAACGACACACUUAUCACCAAAUCAAUUGUGCGCCUAUACUACAUUUAAGCAAUCAAACAACAAUUCACACUUAAUCUGCCCACAACUUGGCAUUCUUUUCGUAUGUUCAUAACACGGGAUUUCCAACCAAAUACUUGCGGUGACGCAUUUAGGCAACUUUGGGCCAAGGCUAUUUAACUUUACUGCAUAUAUCGAUUAAUUGAUUUUGAAAUUGUUCCAAGAAAUUUUGGAAAUUGUUGUAAAUUGAACUGUAUGUUCUAACGAGCUAAUCUAUUUAAGAGCCUGAGCAUUUGUGUAUUGCAAUUGUUAUUAAUUUAUAAGUAGAUAUAAAAGAGUGAGGUGUAACAUAUACACACAUUUAAUAUGCAACUGAUAUACAAAACAAAGUAAGUCUUUGAUAUGUGCAAUUGUUCAUAUCAUAACCAUUUUAUUCAUACGACUUUGAAAAAUUUGGCUAUGUCAAACUAAGUUUUCUAGCUUCAAGUGUUUUAAUAAAUUGAACUUAUAAUAUGUACGUAGGUUAUGAAUUCUACAAAUUACGUCUCCAACUAUUUAUUGUCCAUUAUUAUUUAUUGUAAUUCAUCUUUGACUUUGUAAAUAACAAAUUAAUUAAAAUAAUAAAAAUAGAAAAUCGCUAAUAAAUAAAAUAAAAUAUUUCAAAUAUUUUUUAGUAAUAGGUAUUAUAUUUAAUCAUGUAGAUGGGAUAUUAAUUAGUAUUUCCUACCUCAUAAUGUUCAAAAUUUUCAGGGGAGCAUUAAGUGGAAAAAUAUUAUUAAGUUGAAUAAAUAAAUAAUUGUAUUGAACUGAUACUAAA